AUGAAUAUUGAUGAAUAUUUGGAUUUGCAAGACCAAACAGAAACUAACUUGCUGUCAACAGAAGACACUGCAUCAGGCCAUGCAGCACAAGAGCAUGAGGUUGAAUGGCAUUCAGCUCCUCUUGACACAUUGAAUAACAACAGCUUUUCUAAUGAUUGGGGUUUGUUGCAACAGAAUGGGCUUGAGGGUCUUGAGGGCAUAAAUUUGACUGAUUUGAUUGCAGCCGGUUCUGCUGCUACUGCUGGUAUGGAUGCAGCAACAGCAGCAGCUUUAGCAUCAAAUGAAAAUCAUUUCAUCACGCCUGGCUCAUUGAUGAAACAACCACCGCCACCGCCCAUCAUCAUACCCACUGUAACAGCAGCACCACCAGAGGAAUCAACACAGCAGCAAGAACAAAAACGGGUAACGCGAUCAAGAUCAAAACCAGCUGUGCCAUCUCCACUUAAAAAGAAGAGAGCUACCAGAGCCAAGAAGCUGUACUGUACGUGCCAGCGACCCUACAACGGUGAGCCCAUGGUGCAAUGUGACACAUGUGAGGAGUGGUUUCAUUGCAACUGCGUCGACUUUAAUCCAGACAACCAAGAGGACGAUGAGGAGAAUAUUGAUUGGGUUUGCAACCAGUGCAAAGAAGGUGCCAAAGAAACCAAAGCAGAAGAGGUUGCAGUCAAGGAAGAGAAACCCACAAGCACUCGUCAGACCAGAACACGCACCCAAUCCAAAUGCCUUUACUCUGGCUGCAGCAAUCGCACUCGAAAGGACUCCUUCUGCAGCGAUGUCUGUGCUCGCAAACAAAACGAAUUAGAGACGCCUGCUUCACGACCCACCAGACGUACAUCGGCCAUGCGCACAAGUGCACAGUCAAUGGCACCAGUCACCAGCAAAGAGAAAAAGAACAAUAGUAAACAAACGGAAGGAAUGGAUAGUCAGCAAGAGGACGAUGACAGUGAUGCAGACGAAAAACAAGAUGAAGAGGAGGAAUUUCAAGCUGAAGAUGAUCCAGAGGACGAUGAUGAAGAACAAGCACCUCAAUCUGCUACACCUGACACGCCCAUGUCACCCAGCCAAAUGACAGAGGAAGAGAACCCAGUGCGACGCAAUGUCAUCAAGAACAUGAAGGCUGUCCUCAAAUCCAUCUUUGACGUUGCCCUGACUGAGAAUGCCGAUAUGAUGGAAGAAUCCACACUGACAACGGAGGAAAGAGCAGAAGCACUCGCCAAGUCGAUUGAAAACACCAUGCUGGAGCAACUGGGCGAUGGAGGGCCAAACAAGAAGCGUCGUACUUGUGGAGAGCCUUACAAGAGCAAAUUUCGCUCCUUACUGUACAACCUCAAAGACAAGGCCAACAAGGUUUUUCAAAUCAGAGUAGUUACUAAUGAUUUGACACCAGAUGAACUGGUCAAGAUGUCCUCUGAAGACAUGGCAAAUCCUGAGCUCAAGUCUCUGUCUGAAGUGUUCCGCGAGAAGGGACUCAAGAAUUCGGUCAUGAAGAUAGACAAUACACCCAUCAUCAAAAAGACGCAUAAGGGAGAUAUCAUCAUGGUGCCUGAUAAAGACAACGACAACAUGUACUCUGAGCAAGUGCAACAGGAAUUGGACAAAAUUAACAGACACAACAGCUCGUCUUCGUCCUCAUCACCCACGUCUGCAUCAGCAGGGACAGCCAUCUCACCUACCACGACGAAUGCACAAGCGGAUACGAAUACCAGCAAGAAACCCAUCUCCAGCCUAAGUCCCACCACCAGUUCUACUCAUCAAGCUGAUCCCCUGGACGAUAUAUUGGCCCGUAUUGGUAUCCCUGCACAAGAGGAUACUUCCCAUGUGUCCAACAAACGAAGCGGAUCAAUGUCUAGUACUACGUUUGCAGAGGAUGUAGAUCCCGAAGCCAAAAAGAGACGAGUUACAUUGGACGUAGAGCAGCUGCUGGGCGAUGAAGACGAGACAUUUAAGGUGGAUGAAGUAGACACCACUGAAUUGGAAAAGGAAGAGGAGGAGGAGAAGGAGAAGGAGGAUGCGGCUCAAGAGGUACAAGCACAAACACAAGAUGAAGAUGACUCGCAGGCAGUACUCCCUACCAUCUGGCAAGGUCGUGUUAAUAUGCCACAAGUUGCAGAGUUUGAAGCCUCAGCUCGACAAAUCGGAGGCCGUUUAUUAUCAGAGGCGGAAUGGGACCAAGUACUUUCACCUACCAUGUGGAUUGAAGGCCGUAUCCCAUCUGAGCGUGUUACCAAUUAUGUGACACAGACACAGUAUUCCACUAGUCGUGAAAUCGUGUUGCUGGAAGUGGAGGCAAAAGGGGGCGAUGCCAAUCCACAAGGUCAAGUCUUGCUUAAUUACCUGGACUCAAGACAACGCUAUGCCGUAGUUGGACACAACAAGACCAGGAUCAAGGAUUUCUACUUGAUUCCUUUGUACAAAGUGCAGCACAUUCCAGAUUGCCUGUAUGUCGUCCGUGUGGAAGAAACCAAGCGACAAUGUGAUUUGUUUCUGGGCGUCUUGGUGCUUACAAAGCAUGUGCCAAAGCCUAUCGUAAAGCAACCAUUGUAUUCCCCUGAAACAUUACCACGACCACAGCAGCAGCAACAGCAACAGCCGCCUUAUCAGCAACAGCCUUACAUUCCAUCUUCAUCUUCAUAUCAGCCGUCUUACGGAUACAAUUAUAACACUACGCCUCAAUCAUCAAAUAAUCACCGCUAUGGUAAUUACUCAUCAUCAUCCGCAUCAUCAUCUUACUAUCGACCCUAUUAA